GGCAGUGGCUUACGUUCCCUGAGGCAUAUACAGCAAUGUGUGAUUGUGCAUGGGGGGAAGAUACAGUGGUUGUCUCCAAUGCCGACAGCAACGCACGAGUGCAUAAUGGAGGCGGGCAAGGAGCUAACGGGCUGUCCCUGCCUACAGCCAGCAAUGCAAGGGUGGACUAUUACUGGGGGGCGCGCGUUCCCCAAACUCUCCUUCCGAGCAGAAGGGUCUGAUUUGAGUGUGGUGGGAAGCGCGGAGCUAAGGCACCAAGCCCCUCCCAGCCUGGGUGGGGGAGCGAAAGAACCGCCUCGCCCGGGAUCCGUGUUUCCUGUCCGCCGUGGUGCGAGGGGAGGAAGCAAAGGGCUCAGUAGGGGCGUACCCAGGAAGUACCGCACUCAACCCGGGGACGUGCUGCUGGUGCUGAUCAUGUCGGCUAGAAACCCGGGCACAGAGCUGGAUCUUGGCUCGAUCUCAAGAGUGCAAGUGAAUCAACCUGCAGUUAUAAGGCAUGCAGAACAAAUUCAGUCACGAAGAACUGUGAAAAAGGAUUGGCAAGCUGCUUGGCUACUGAGAGCUGUCACCUGCAUAGAUCUCACCACCCUUUCAGGUGAUGACACCCCUUCAAACAUUCACAGGCUUUGUUACAAAGCCAAGCAUCCCAUCAGAGAGGAUCUUUUGAGGGCCAUGAAUAUGCAUGAUAAAGGUAUUACUACAGCGGCUGUCUGUGUAUAUCCAGCUAGAGUAGCUGAUGCUGUUAAAGCACUCAAGACCUCUGGUUGUAACAUACCAGUAGCUUCAGUGGCAACUGGAUUUCCAGCUGCACAGACUUCGCUGAAAACCCGAUUAGAAGAGAUUAGGAUAGCAGUGGAAGAUGGUGCCAAAGAGAUCGACAUUGUAAUUAACAGAACCCUUGUGCUGACUGGCCAGUGGGAAGGCCUCUAUGAAGAAAUCCGUCAGUUUCGUCAGGCCUGUGGAGAUGCUCACAUGAAAACAAUCUUGGCAACAGGAGAGCUGGGAUCACUUACCAAUGUCUACAAAGCCAGCAUGGUAGCAAUGAUGGCAGGUUCUGAUUUUAUUAAGACCUCUACAGGAAAAGAAGCAGUUAAUGCCACCCUUCCAGUAGGCAUAGUCAUGAUGCGAGCCAUUAGAGAUUUCUACUGGAAAACUGGCAACAAGGUUGGAUUUAAACCUGCCGGAGGCAUUCGUACUGCAAAGGAUGCUCUUACCUGGCUCAUAUUGAUGAAGGAGGAGCUAGGGGAUGAAUGGCUGAAAUCAGACCUCUUUCGCCUAGGUGCCAGUACUUUGCUGUCCGACAUCGAGAGACAGAUUUACCAUCAUGUGACUGGCAGAUAUGCAGCUUACCAUGACCUGCCAAUGGCUUAGCCAUAUGAAUAAUUCAGGAUGACAUUUAUGAAGAGAAUUUUAAGAAAAUAAUGUCCUAAAGUCUUUCCUGCAACGGAGUCCAAAAGUGCAUAUAAAAGAACCAAUUCUCUGUCUUCAUAUUUUUGUUGUAUUUAAAAAUAUGUUCAAGUCUAGUCAGUGGUGCUUGAGCCAAAAUGGGGGGAUUUGGAGGGGUGGAAAGUAAAUCUGAAAUAGUUAGUAAAGAUUUGCGGUGUUAAUAA